AUGGCUUCCCACAUCGACCUAGCCGAAUACCUCUUCCGAAGGAUUCGUCAAGUUGGAAUCAAGUCAGUCCAUGGAGUUCCCGGAGACUAUAACUUAACAGCACUGGACUAUAUUGAACCAGCUGGCCUUGAUUGGGUCGGUAAUGCCAACGAGCUGAAUGCUGGAUACGCUGCAGAUGGCUAUGCCAGAGUCAGAGGAGUGUCGGCUCUCGUCACUGCCUUUGGUGUCGGCGAGCUGUCGGCCAUCAAUGCCAUUGCCGGAGCAUACAGCGAAAUGGCGCCGGUCAUUCACAUUGUCGGCACAGCUCCAACUCAUGUGCAGGACAACGGAUUAUGCAUGCAUCAUUCGUUGGGGGACGGCAACUUCAGAAUCUUUGCCGAAAUGUACGCCAAGAUCACCGUGGCACAGGCAAAUCUGAGAGAUCCAGAUACUGCACCAUCGCAGAUUGAUCGAUGCAUCCGAGAAUGUGUCCUGCAAAGCCGGCCAGUGUACCUGGAAUUGCCAACCAAUAUGGUGAAGGCCCAGGUAUCAGCAGCGGCUCUCGAUGUGCCGAUCGAUCUUUCCAUCUCUCCAAAUGAUGAAGGCUUCGAAGACACCGAAGUUGAGCUGAUUCUCAACAAAAUGUACUCUUCCAAGCAGCCCCUGAUCGUCGUCGACGGUUGCACUUCGAGGUAUGGCGUUAGCGAAGAAGCCGAUGAGCUUGUCCGAGUCACAGGAUUUCCGACUUCGACCACCCCCUUUGGCAAGGGGAUCGUCAAUGAGACAUAUCCCAACUUUUAUGGAAUUUAUGCCGGUAUUGCUGGUAACGAAAUAUACAUGCCCUGGGCGCGGGGUUGCGAUUUGGUCGUCAAGCUGGGACCUUUGGAAAGCGAUGUCAACACCUUUGGAUUCAGCACAAUCCCAGAUCCCAAGUCGUCCAUUGUUUUCCAUCGGGACUACGUCGAGAUCGGCGGCACCAAGUACCACAACCUUCAUAUCAAGUCUCUCCUGCGCAAAAUCCUCUCGAAAUUGGAGAAAGACAAGCUUCCCACGUAUAACCCCUCCAUGGACCUUGGCCACCCUGAGUUUGAACUCAUGGCUCUACCGCCAGCCGGCGAGGAUGACAUGGUCGAGCAGGCUACCUUCUGGCGGCGGAUUUCCAAAUUUUUCCGGUCGGGCGACAUCGUCAUGGUGGAAACGGGCACAGCGUCAAUAGGAUGCCGGGAUAUGGUCCUCCCUGCACAUACCUCACUCAUUAAUUCUUGCAUAUGGCUGUCUAUUGGCUACAUGCUUCCAGCAUCUCAAGGCGCCGCUUUGGCUCAGCGUGAGAUGAUCGCAGAAGGCAAGCGUCCGCAAGGACGCACUAUCCUGAUCGAGGGCGACGGUAGUCUACAAAUGACGGCGCAAUCAAUCAGCGACAUGAUCCGAAACCGAGUUGACGUGACCAUUUUCGUCAUCAACAAUGACGGAUAUGUGAUUGAGAGAUGGAUACAUGGCAUGAAGGCGGGCUACAACGACAUCCAACCGUGGAGAUACCUCGAAGCUCCAAGCUACUUUGGGGCACCCAAGGACGACCCUGCAUAUCCCGUGGUGACCAGGCGAGCUGAAACCUGGGGUCAGUUGAAGGAUAUCCUGGCGGAACCGGGACUUGAGGCCGGCAAGGGCCUCAACAUUGUUGAAGUGAUGAUGGGCCGAGAGGAUGCACCGGACGUGCUGAAAAAGCUCGUGGUAAGCACGUCGCGGAGAAAUAGUGGUGAAGUCCAACGCUCUCAACCACGGCAAUCCAUGAGCCACGAAGAGAAGGUCAUGAAGGUUGCCGGAUAA